AUGACCGUUCGUUCCGAAAAAUAUCUGCUGGAACGGAAUCAGAUGAAAAAUAGAAUUUCUUUCUUUCUUCUACUCGUUGGUUCUUUCGUUUAUACUUUCUUUCUUUCUUUCUUUCUUUCUUUCUUUCUUUCUUUCUUUCUUUUCUUUCAAAGCCGAGAAAAUAACACCAUCUCUCUCUCUCGCGCGCGCGUUUUAAAUUUUCUUUCUUUUUCUCCAAUUUUUCGUUUUCCCGAGACGUUCUUCCUUUUUCAACAAAAUUUAUUUUUCUUUUCCCGUUCCGCUUUCCUCCUUGAUCAUUUUCUUUAUUUCUCUUUCGUUAUCUUUUUCUUCUUUGUUAUAAUUUUUCUUAAAAUAAGCCAGAGACAUAUUUCUUCUUUUUUUCUUUCCACUUUUCUAAAAUUCUUUUUCGCCCUUUCUUCAAACAGAGAAUUCUUCGUUUGUUCUUCUUUGCUCUUCUCGCUGUUUGUCUUUGCGGUGAAGCCCAUCUUCUUUACUGCCAUUCCUUCACUCUACUUUCAUUCUGCAAAUUUGAAACCCAGUCUGUUUUUCUUUGCCUUUCUUUUUUAUUUCCUUUUUAUUUCUCCGAUUUUCCACACAACACGUAAGCUUUCUUUUCUUUCUUUCUUUCUUUCUUUGAUAUCUUUCUUUCUUUGA